AUGAAGGCAAUGCUUCUGACUGCUGCUCUUCUUGUGUUGGUCUCUGUGCCCUGGGUGAAGGCAGUGUGGCUGGGAAGACUGGACCCUAAGCAGCUCCUCGGGCCCUGGUACAUCCUGGCUGCGGCCUCACGUGCAAAGAACUUCAUGGUGGAGAAGGACAUGAAGAACGUGGAAGGGGUCAUGGUGUCUCUUACUUCAGAUAACAAACUGAGAGUUCAGUCCUCCCGGCACGGGCCAGAUGGGUGUAGCCAGAGCACCGUGGAGCUGCUGAAGCAAGGUUCCCGAUGGGUGUUUGAAAAUCCCUCUCUGGGUGUACUGGAUUAUCGGGUACUGGGCACAAACUUCAAGGACUACGCUGUUAUCUUCACACAGCUGGAAUUUGGGGAUGAGGCCUUCAACACAGUGGAGUUGUAUAGUCGGACAGAGAUGGCCAGCCGCGAGGCCAUGCAGCUGUUCACCAAAUGGAGCCAGGGCCUGGGCUUCUUGUCCCAACAGCAGGCCCAGCUGCAGAAGGACCUCAGGUUGUAUGGACAGCCUCUGCAGAGGCUGUGGCAGGGUCCUGGGAACUUCUACAACCCCAUUUUCACAACUGGCUUGGUUCUUCUUCAGUCACUUGUGCAAAGAAGAUCCUCCAGUGAGUGCCCCACCCUGGAGAUAAGCACCACAGCAUCCUGGCGUCCUGGCGUCCUGGUGUCCUGGUGGCGGUGGGCAGGAGGUGUCUGCUCGGUGGCUGGUGUAUGGCUGCGGGCCUUCAGUGGUGAGGGAUAUGAGGACCAGCCUCCUCCAUAG